GUACUUUACAGCUGUUUGCUAUGCAGCUUUCAACCCGAGAGAAGAAGAGGGAAGAUGAACUGUAGCGAACUCGAGCAAACCAAACCGGUCGUAGUGUCAGAAACAUGGCGGCGUUCAGUAAAUAUGUGACAGGGAAAAACUCCUCCAUAGCGGGCGGUAUCCUACUGGUUUUAUACCUGCUGAAGCGCAGAAGAGGGACGCAGAAACGGAACGGUAAAAAAGGAGGCUCGGAAGUAGUACAGAACGAGAAAGAUGGCAAAAAAGACCGAGCCGCUGUGGACAAAGUUUUCUUUGGCAGAAUUUUCCAGAUUCUGCGGAUCAUGGUACCCCAAUUCUUCAGCAUGGAGACUGGCUACCUCGCCUUAAUCGCCGCCAUGUUGGUGGCCAGGACCUACUGUGACGUAUGGAUGAUCCAGAACGGCACCAUGAUCGAAAGUGCUAUUAUCGGCCGCUCGCCAAAAGAGUUCAAGACCUACUUGUUCAGCUUUAUCAAAUUCAUGCCAGCUAUAGCCUUGGUGAACAACUUCCUGAAGCUGGGUCUAUUCGAGCUGAAGCUGAGGUUCCGCGAGAGGCUCACCAAGAACUUAUACGACCAGUACCUGCAGGGCUUCACCUACUACAAAAUGGGAAACCUGGACAACCGGAUAGCCAAUCCAGACCAGCUGCUGACACAGGACGUGGAGAAGUUCUGCAACAGUGUGGUGGACCUUUACUCAAACCUCAGCAAGCCUCUGUUGGAUAUCUGUCUGUACAUCUACAAGCUGACCACUGCCAUCGGGGCUCAGGGCCCAACAGUGAUGAUGACCUACCUGCUGGUCUCAGGCAUGUUCCUGACCCGAAUGAGGCGGCCAAUGGGAAAGAUGACGGUCACGGAGCAGCGGUACGAAGGAGAGUACCGCUUCGUCAACUCUCGCCUCAUCACUAACAGUGAGGAGAUCGCCUUCUACAACGGGAACGAGAGGGAAAAGCUGACCAUUCACAGCACUUUCAAGAAACUGGUGGACCACUUGCAUCAAUUUAUCUUCUUCCGCUUCUCCAUGGGAUUUGUGGACAGCAUGAUUGCCAAGUAUCUGGCCACUGUUGUGGGCUACCUGGUGGUGAGCCGUCCAUUCCUCACCCCGGGACACUCCCGACAUCUGACCAGCACACACUCUGAGCUGCUGGAGGAUUACUACCAGAGCGGCAGGAUGCUCCUCAGACUGUCCCAGGCUCUGGGCAGGAUCGUACUGGCCGGCCGAGAGAUGACCCGCCUCUCAGGAUUCACAUCCCGUAUCACUGAGCUGAUGAAAGUCCUGAAGGAUCUCAAUUCUGGCAAAUAUGUGCGCACCAUGGUCUCCCAGAAUGAGAAAGAUUCAGACGCUUCCCAGAAGCUCGUCCUGGUGCCUGGAAGUGGAAAUGUUAUCAACAGAGACAACAUCAUCAAAUUCGACCACACCCCACUAGCAACACCUAAUGGAGACGUUUUGAUCAAAGACCUCUCCUUUGAGGUGAGCUCCGGCACCAAUGUGCUCGUGUGUGGACCAAACGGCUGUGGAAAGAGCUCUCUGUUCAGGGUGCUCGGAGAGCUGUGGCCUCUGUUCGGAGGAAGUCUGACAAAACCAGAGAGAGGGAAGCUCUUCUAUGUUCCACAGAGACCCUACAUGACUCUGGGCUCUCUGAGGGACCAGGUCAUUUAUCCUGACACGUAUGAAGACCAGCAGAGGAAAGGCAUCUCUGAUCAGGUGCUGAAGGAGUACCUGGACAACGUGCAGCUGGGCCACAUCCUGGACCGGGAGGGCAGCUGGGACUGUGUGCAGGACUGGAUGGACGUGCUCAGUGGAGGGGAGAAGCAGAGGAUGGCUAUGGCCAGGCUGUUCUACCACAAGCCCCAGUUUGCCAUCCUGGAUGAGUGCACCAGUGCAGUGAGUGUGGAUGUGGAGGACUUCAUCUACAGCCACUGCAGGACGGUGGGCAUCACCUUGUUCACAGUGUCCCACAGAAAGUCUCUGUGGAAGCACCACGAGUUUUACCUCCACAUGGACGGCAGAGGGAACUACGAGUUCAAGCCCAUCACAGAGGAAACCGUGGAGUUCGGCUCGUAACUGAUUGCUGCUGUCCUCCCAUAAUGCACUGCUCUGAUGAAACCAGUCCACUAAUUCUUUGCACUCGAGACAUUAGAAAUAGCCCAAACCUAGAGAAUAUUGUUUUUAAUCAUUUUUGCUUCCUUUAUCACCAUUUGUUUGUUCUGUUAUUUAAAUCAUCACUUUAGUCCUGUCUAAUCAUUUACAUGUUCAGUGCGAUAUAUGUAAUUUAUAUGGUUGAGUGUAUUUCACUAAAAGGUGGAAAUACAUUAUACGGUUUUAAUCAUUUAUGCAUAGCAGUCAUAUCUGAUAACAGUAACAGAGGUCCGCCUGUAGGGAUAAGCUACAUACCACAGUGGUCUUUAAGUCCCACAGUAACACAGAUUUAUGUUUGCACAGCGUUUGAGUUAACAAGGGAGUAUUGUAGGAUUACUAGUAGUUUAACUCCACAGCUGACAGAAGAUAAGAGGCUGGUUAUAACUUCCCCAAAAUAACAAAGGGACUGUUAUUUCCAGAUAAAAUAUUACCUCGAAGUAUCGCACUAUUAUCUUAUGGUUAAAACGUAGUUAUCCAAGGAUAAAUGGAGGUUAAAAAAGCUCACGUAGGCCUACCUGCUCCCACCUCAUUGUAGCUCUGUUCAUUCCUGGCUCUUUUUCUCCCGGCCAAAUGAUGGGAAAUAAAAGCCUCUUGGAUAUUCCGUAAAGUAUAAAACUGUAAUAAUAAGACAUGGAGAUCAUUUGAACCAGAAAACAAGGCUUGAAAUUGAAACUAUAAAGAUUGCAUGCGAGCACCAUAUGGCAUCUCAACCUCUGCUUCUGUAGCAACAGGACAACGUGCUCACUAGAACGCAAUGAACUCUUUAGGUGGCAAAAUGAAUAACAUGUCCUCGAACCUCUGGGUGAGGUUUCUGUGUGGGGACAGGAACAUAUUGGUCACUCACAGGCCUUCAGGAGAGUGUUGAAAAUACAGAAUCACCAGGGCUCUCCUCUGAGACACAUGAACUCGUGAUUUAGUAUGUUCAACACUCCUCCUGUAAUGUUCUGAUUUGUGUGUGAUUACCGUCGUAGUAUGAGGGUCCUGCAUCAGGUCCAUCCGUCACUCCAGCGUUGUGACAUUUAGGGAGAAUAUCCGUUAAUUUCACUGUGUAAUGAAAAUAUGUUAAACGACAUUUUGUAUAGUUUAACUUUGAUUUUGUGAAUACACACCGCUGACAAAGCCAUUGUAGAAGUGCAGACUAUUGUGGGAAUGGAAGUAGGAAGCUAUCAUAUAUCAUCCAGUUUAUAUCCCCUUGCUCCACAUUAGAGCUACAGCAUGACUCGUGAAUUCAUAACGUGCAUGAAGUGCCACGCCCUGAUUUGAUUGUGCUUCAAAUUGGCAUGGACAGACUAAUGAUAAAUGGAACAAUCUAAUAGAGCACUUACUGCGUAGUUUAUUUCCAAUGCCAACAGUUGAUGAAAGGGUUAGUCAAGGUGUUUAUUUCUUUAUUUGUUUUGCUCUUGACAGGUUGGACUGUAGCUUGAAAAAUCAUUGCCCUCUUACUAAAAGCUAAUUAUUAACCUCUUCCAUUUCCAUUCAGUCAAAAAUGUAAUUCAUGUUUUUAGGAGUUAGGAUUAAACAUUUUUAAUUAUCUGGGGACUGGGUCUAAAGUGCGAUGAUGGCGUCGAUGAUACGUGAAUAUGCAGACAGUUCCCCGGCACUCACUUCCUCCGUUUACUGUAACUUUAUUCUGAAAGUGUGAACAUGUAAAGAACGAGCCUGAGCUAUGCCCAUGGUUUUAUAUGGAUAAUAAUGUUAUGAUCUCACUCUGCAUUAAAAUAACAAGAUGAUGAAUAAUUUAUAAAAAAA